AUGGUCAAGUCCCAGCUCCUUUCAUCUCUGUUAUUGGCUAGCGGAGCUUCGGUUUUGGCGUCACCAUACGCUAAAUAUCCGACUUUGUCUGAGGUGAAAAAGACAUUUUAUUCAGAGGGAGUCGUACCCGACGUCAUUCCAUCGUUCAAUCCUACUUCGCUUCUUUAUCUAACAUUCACUGGGGAUCUCUCGGAUGGCACAAGUUCUAAAGUGGUAUUACCCAAUACCAGCUUUGUUAGAAACGAUACACUCGUCCCCCCUGAGAUCUCUGUGCAGGGGGCAAAGGGUGGUCCCUACGUUGUUGCUAUCGUCGAUCCCGAUGCUCCGUCGCGUGCUUCACCGACCAUUGCUCAGAUUCGGCACUUUCUUGCCGCGAACUUUACAGUCUCCAGCACUCGUUCUAAGUACGUUCCCCAAAGUUUCGUAUUGAAGAAUUCUACCGCCGCGGUAAAUGACUAUCGCCCACCUACGCCUCCUGUUGGGUCCGGUCCUCAUCGCUACGUAGCGCUUCUUUAUUCCCAACCAAAGAACUUUGAUAUUUCAUUCCUUAAUGUCUCCGACAUUCGGUUGUUUAACAUCUCAAGCUUUGCUGAGCGCACUGGGCUGGGGGAACCAUUAGCCGGAACCUUCCUCACGGUCGAGCAAAAGAACACUACUGCCGUGUAG